AUUUUACUAAGCUUAGGAUGGCCCCCACAAUGGUGAAAAUGAGAGUGUUCAACUUCAAAAGAAGGCUUUAUCAGUCCAUUUUGUUGGAUUGUACAUCUCUUCCGCAGGAUAUAUAUAUCUUUCUUGUAUAACCAUACCCCCUUCAACAGACAACAUGUACAUCGCCACCAGAACAUAUAUGAGCAUAGCUAUAAACUAUGAUUAUCUGAUGAACCCGGAGCUGAUAUGUGCAUUAGCUGACUAUUUUUUUUCGACGCAUGCAUGCGUCAAAUACAACAAUCUAGUUUUCUCCAAAAAAAUACCUCGACGAGUUCAGAUAUAUCAAGAGCACCAUCCCAAUGGUCAGCAAUGCAAAGGACCUACAAACAGCAGCGAUCAAAGCAUAGCUCCUUCAAUUGAAACGCUAUCACAGAGCUCAGACGAAUAUCUUCGCCGAUUAACUCCGGAACAUAGGUCCGCUCCACGACAAUUCCUUUACCAGCUUGCCAGGGGGUCGAAGGAUGAGAAGAACUAACAAGCCUUGUAGACAAGAUUAGCAGAGCGAAGCCAAACCUUCUUCUACAUGUUCAGAUUGCUUGCGUUGGAUUGCCGACUGAUAACCAACGCAAUCUUGCCGCUAACAUGGCUCUUAUCAACCCGAUCGAUGGCAUGAUUUGAGGUAAUCAGAGCACCUGGGCAUUGCAGAAGUUCUCUGCAAUCGACAGUUGCGAUGUAUAUAUAGCGAGCACGCCCUUGUUGAUCUCGGUAUUGAGAUCCUCGUGUAGAUUUUGGGCUGGAACGCUGGAGGCGAGGAGGCGGGGAGGCGAGC